AUGUCAGACCCUACCGCGUCCCCGCCGACCCUGAAUCCCUCACGUUACACAUAUCGCCAAUUGCAACUACUGCGCCAUGGCUCGACAGCGACUCCUCUCCGCAUCAUCGCGCACAUCGAUCUCGAUGCCUUCUACGCGCAAUGUGAGAUGGUGCGCCUCGGCACCCCACGCGACACGCCCCUCGCCGUCCGCCAGUGGGAAUCGCUGAUUGCAAUCAACUACCCGGCGCGCCCGUUCGGCAUCACCCGCAUGCUUUCGGCGGCAGAAGCCCGCAAGCUUUGUCCAACCAUCGUUCUGCAGCAUGUCGCAACCUUUCGGGAAGGUGAGGGCGGGCGCUGGGCGUACCGGGAGGACUCGUUCAGAAACAUCAAAACAGACAAGGUGUCGCUGGAUCCCUAUCGGGCGGAAUCUCGCAAGAUCCUCCAAACCAUGAAGGACGACCUGGCGACUUGGUCUGAAAAUGGCCACACAAAAGGGCUCUCGGCCAGCGUGGAGAAGGCCAGCAUCGAUGAGGUGUUCAUUGAUCUAUCCCCCCUGGUCUUUGGCGUCCUUCUGCAGCGAUAUCCCGAGCUCCGAGCAAGCUCCCAAGACGAGAACCGCGAUGCUGAGCUGCCUCGUCCUCCGACCACGGCCGUGGAGUGGAACGAAGACUGCCUCAUUGACCUGGACUCAAAAGAGACGGAGGAAGAUGAUCCGGACUGGGAUGACAUUGCCAUGCGGAUAGGAUCGGAAAUCGUCCGGUCUGUUCGCAAAGCCGUGUGGGAGAAGCUCAACUACACUUGCUCGGCGGGUGUGGCACGCAACAAGAUGCUGGCGAAAUUGGGGAGCGCGUGCAAUAAACCGGACAAGCAAACUGUGGUGCGCAACCGGGCCGUGCAGAUGUUCCUUGCGGGCUACAAGUUCACCCAGAUUCGGAUGCUUGGUGGGAAACUCGGCGAUCAAAUCAGGACUUUCUUUGGGACGGAGCAAGUGAGUGACCUUUUGAAUGUUCCGCUCGACCAGCUGCGUGCCAAACUCGAUGACCACACGGCAACCUGGUUGUAUGGUACUAUCCGCGGGGAGGACCGGAGCGAAGUCAAUCCUCGGACUCAAAUGAAGUCGAUGUUGAGUGCCAAGUCAUUUCGGCCAAGCAUCAACUCGAUCGACCAAGCGGAAAAAUGGCUGCGGAUCUUCGCGGCUGAUAUCUACGGCCGUCUCGUGGAGGACGGGGUGCUUGAAAAUAGGCGCCGUCCGCGAGUCAUCACGCUACAUCACAGACUGGCGGCGCAGUCCCGAUCGCGUCAGAUGCCUAUCCCGGCAUCCAACGUGAUCGACGAGGACCUGCUCUUUGAACUUGCCAAGACUUUGAUGCGGCAAGUUGUCGCCGAGGCACAGGCAUGGCCGUGUUCCAACCUUUCCCUGAGUGUGGGGAGCUUUGAGGAUGGCGUCACCAAAAACAAGGCGAUCGAGAGUUUCUUCCUGCGAGGGGCUCAAGCGAAAUCAUUGAGUCAUGCAGGAGGACCUCGCGAGGCUGAUGGCCUAUCUGAUCGGCCACCGGAGAAACGGAGGAAAGUCGGCGAGAAUAAUGGCAUCGAGCGCUUUUUUGCAAAGCCUUCCCAUCCCAGCGAUGACUGUGCUACAUCACCUAGAGGGACUCCCGAGCCGGAACAGCUCGAUUCUACAAGUACAGCGGAGGUUCCUCCGCUAUUUCCUUCGGAGGAAGGGAUUGAGGAUAGUCCAACGGCACAGUUUACCUGCCAUCGAUGCUCCCAAGUAAUACCCGAACAUGAGAGAGACGAGCACGAAGACUGGCAUUUUGCCAAAGACCUGGCCAACCAGGACCGCGAAGAAGCGAGGGCUACGCAAUCGCAAUCGCAAUCGCAAUCGCGGAUAGCUACGGCUCCCAACGCCCGAGGACGAGGUAGCAGGGGCAGUCGUGGUAAACCCGAGAAAGGGCAGAGGCGACUAGCUUUUCAGUGA